CUAAACCGGCCAAGCUGGUCACCAACCCAACUGUUUUGUCAGUUCAAAGUUCAAACCGGUUCUCAGAUCUUCAUCACCCCCCAAAUCAACACACACACUGUACUUCUCUCUCUCUCUAUCUUAACUCACAGCAAAAACAACUCCCUUUCUAUUUACAGAUCAAAAACCCCAUCACAUUUCCUACAUUUCCUUUUUUCUCUCUCUCUACAUUCCCCUAAAAUAUAAUCUUUUUAAAGAAAAACAAAAGAAAUAAAGAAAGAGAGAGAGAGAGAAAAAAAAAAGCAUCAUUAGUAUCACUGAACAACAGCUUUUGUUCCUUCACAGAAUAAUGAAGUUCUGAAAAGACAAAGUCUCAGUUCAUCCCUCCUAAAAGAAAUAAAGAAAAUGCUCAAUGGAUUAUCUACUUUUUUUCAAGGGUUAUAAGAGAGAUAUUGUGAUUUGGAUAGGAUUCAGAAGCAUUAUGAGGUGUUAUUUGUUGGAUUUUUGCAGGGUUUUUAGCAAUGUGUGAAUUUGUAAGAUCUUGAGUGGUUCUUAUAAUUAGCAAUUUUGAAACUUGGGUGCUGUAGGGAGGUGGUAAACAUAGGGAAUUUUGAGGAUUUCGAAGCCUGAAGUUUAACUUAAGUGGCAGAAGCAGACGGGAGUUUUCGUUUCAAUGUCAGGGGCUUCAAGGGUAAGGUCAAUGAAUGCAGCUGAUUCAGAAGCAAGGCCAGUUCUUGGACUUGCUGGGAAUAAGGCACUGAGGUCACCUGGUUCAAGAAAGUCUGUUUCAAAACCUACAAGAAAGGCAGUGAAGUCGAAAGAGGAGGAUAAGAAUGGUGACCAACCAUCGCCUUCAUUGCAUUCUUUUGAUGUUCCUUCAAUACUUCGGCGACAGGAGUCAUUAUAUUCCAAUCUGUCGCUCAGUGCUUCAUGUUCUUCUGAUGCCUCGACGGAUUCAUUUCAUAGUAGUGCUUCAACCGGUAGGAUAUAUAGAAUGAGUAGUACCUCAAGUAGAAGGAAGCAGUUGGCAUCAAAGUCCAAAAGGAUUGUUUCAGAUGAUAUAUCAGACUCUUCAAUUGACGGUUUGCAAUCCAAGAAAAGAUGUUCCUGGGUGACACCUAAUACAGAUCCGUCUUAUGCUGAUUUCCACGAUGAAGAGUGGGGAGUUCCCGUCCAUGACGACAAGAAACUAUUUGAGCUCCUUGUUCUUUGCGGAGCAUUGGCUGAACUCUCAUGGCCUUCCAUUCUUUGCAAAAGGCACAUAUUCAGAGAAGUAUUUGCAGAUUUUGAUCCCAUAGUAGUGGCGAAGUUAAAUGAAAAGAAGAUUUUAGCUCCUGGAAGUACAGCGUGCUCACUAUUAUCAGAACUUAAACUUCGAGCCAUAAUUGAAAAUGCCCGUCAAAUGUCGAAGGUUAUAGAUGAAUUUGGAUCAUUUGACAAGUAUAUCUGGAGCUUUGUGAACAACAAGCCUAUAGUAAGCGGAUUUAGAUAUCCUCGUCAGGUGCCAGUGAAGACGGCCAAAGCGGAUUUGAUUAGCAAAGAUCUAAUAAGGAGAGGUUUUCGGGGCGUGGGACCUACUGUGGUCUACUCUUUCAUGCAGGUUUCUGGUAUUACAAAUGACCAUCUUAUUAGUUGCUUUAGAUUUCAUGACUGUGUCGAAUCUGCUGAAGCUAAAGAGAAGGAUUCAAACAAAGAUGAAACUGAAGCAACAAAAGUCGAUGAAGCCAUUGAAGCAGAGAUAUGUAGGUCUAUCGACGACUUGAGUUUCUCCUCGGAGUGAUUUUCAUCUUCGUGUAAGCAUUCUCUGCAUCGCUGAACACAUAUUUAGCGAUACAAGACUUGUAACAACGGGUUAAGUUCACAUAGAUUAGCAGCAAAACUGGUUUUGUACAGAAAUGAGUUAAAUAUCUAUGCAUAAUAGAUUAUUGAGAUUUCUAGA